AUGAACAGGCGUAAGCUUGGAGCAAAAAUUUCAAAAAUUGCAAAUUUUACAUUUCAACAACUUUCUUCUAAUAAUUUUAACUCUUCUGAAGAAAAUAAUAAUAAAAUUAAUAAUGGAAAAAAUAACAAUUCAAAUCUAGAAAAUAAAGUUACUACUAGUGAAAAUAAUAAUAUUGAUUUGGAUAAAGGAAAGAAAAGGCUUCCUUUGGGAGAGGUUAAAGUAAUUAAUGCGGUUGGAAAAACUUGUGUUGCAGCACCAUUAGAGAAAACUUCAAAUAAUCAAUUAAUUUCUAAAAAAAGAACGGAACGUUUUGAAGUUUGUUUGGAUGAGGAUGAGGACAUAGAUGAUGAUAAAUCUAAAAAUGAUAGAAAAUCAAGUAAUUCUGAGGUUAAAAAGAGACGUGAUUUGUCGGCUGAUGAAAAUAAUGACGAUUUUAAUAAAUUAAAUGGAAAGUCGAGAAUUGAACUGUUAUCACCGUUGCCAGGAAAGGAGAAUGUUAUGCCAAUCAAAACUCCAACUAAACAAGACGAAAAAGAAUAUUUAACACAUUUUGAUACAGAAAGUAUUAAUAGCUACAAUACAGCGCCUGAAUCAGUUACUGAAUGUUUGACAGCUAAAUCUCAAUUUUCAAUUCCUCAUUUAAAAGGACAAUUAACUUUUGAUGAUCCAUUAGAUAUAUAUAAAUGGAUGUUGUUUAGAGAAAAGUCGUAUAGACCAAAAACAAAUUUUAUGGAUAAACAAACACAUAUAAAUGCGGAGAUGCGAGCAAUUUUAAUUGAUUGGUUUGUGGAUGUUGUUGUUGAACUAGAACUUAGUCCGGCUUCGUUUUUUCUUGCUAUUUCUUUAACUGACCGCACUUUGUCCGUCAUUGACUGCCCUAAAGAAAGACUUCAGCUCUUGGGUGCUACAGCUAUUUUGAUUUCGACUAAAGUUCAAGAGGUGUUCCCACCGCUGGUUAAAGACAUUGGUACGAAAUAUGGAAAAAGUGAUUUUACGUGUUGCCGAUUUUCAAUUAACUGUGCCAUUAAUCGAUUCUUUUGCUCAACUUUUCGAUCACACAGCCUCUACUUCUGCAUUUCCUCUAAAUCAAGUCUCACGAAAUCUUAUGUGAUAUUCUUUAAAUCAGAAAAUACAAGUGUUUCUAGGUAUUUUUUGGAACUUUCUACACUUGAUUGUUUCUGUGUUUGCAUUUUACCAAGUCGAUUGGCGGCAGCUGCUUUCCUCCUAGCUUCUUCAUUUCAAAAACUUCGUCAAAAAGUUGAACCGAUGUCGACAAUCGAUAAAGAAAAAUGGAAAUUAUGGUCUGAUGAAAUGGUCAAAAGAACCAGAAUUAAAAGAUCGGAUUUGCAAGAACCAGCUAAAAUAUUAAUGAAGUUACAACAAAAGGCAGUCUCGUCAAAGUUUCAAGCUCUUUUCAAAAAAUUUUCUUGUCCUAAGCGAUGCAAAGUUGCAUGUCUCAAACCGUUAGAGUUCGAAGAAGUCGCUAGUCAAUUCAGCGAUUGA